CUGAAAUUGUGUCGCAGUCACCGAAGAAACUAGUCGCAUUCGCCCGCAAUCAGCUGCUUAUCCGGCCAAUAGCCGCGAAACCCUCUCACGACCGUCAGUGCUUUCCCAAAAUAGCGCGCCGUGCGAGGACCACGGUCCCAACCCAGAAUAGACGAGCGGACAUCCUACCGCCCACUCCAAACACUUUUCUGCCACUGCCGAGGAAACCCCCCACCGACCUCACGUUGCUUCGCCAUGGCAUCCUCACUCACGGUCGAAACACCUCAGCAACCCAAAUCACGGAGCGCCAGCAAGAACAGUUCCAUCAACAGCCUCUACACCGAGGGCAGCAAUGUCGAGAGCGGCUACAUGUGCGCACUUCAAGAGCGCCUGCUCGCCGAGUGCGCCAACCUGACCAAAGACAGCGACUGGCAGCAGGCCCUGGUCCUCGAAAUUGGCUGCGGCUGCGGCGACACUACGAGGCAGCUCUCCGACCGCCUGUCUCCGCUCCUCAUUCGCGGUGUUCUGGGCAUAGACACCAACCAGGAGGCCAUCGACUACGCGUUUUCGGUGCAUGCCGACGAGAAGACAGAUUUCGCCACGGCCAACGUGGAAGACUUGAAUACUUUCGAACUUAAAUGGGGUGGCCGUUUUGACUGGCUAUUCUCGUCGCACGCGCUGCUCUUUGUGAAGGAUCAGCCCAAAGCACUCAGGAAUUUAAUGUGGUGUCUGAGGCCAGGGGGUCGAUGCUUCAUCGCAGUGCCUGCAGCAAAGCCGACAGAUCUUCAUUCAGCAGUUGUCAAAGUGAUACAAUCCUCAACAUGGACCAAGUAUUUCGAGACAAUUCCAGAGCUGGUUGCAGACAUGGCUGAUAAGAACUUCAAUCGUCUGUGGUUCCAUCAUCCACAAGCAGACCGCAUAUAUUCGGCACUCCUAGAACAAGUUGGCUAUGAAGUGUUGAAGACUAAGCAACUGGAAUUUAAAUACAACUUUGCAUCAACGGCAGAAUAUAAAGAAUUCCUCGAGACAAUGUUUGCAAAGCCCAUUCAACUCAUACCAGACACAAAACGGCCAACGUUCGUUCGUGAACUUGCAAAGGUCGCACUAAAGAAGAUGAAGAAGAACAAAGACGGCACAUACACUUGGAUUGUAAAAUAUGUGCUUGUCCUAGCCAGAAGGCCAGAGUUACUUUAAACCUUUGUCCAGACAAUAUCAGUUCCGCCUUCGCAAGUGCUAAAGACUCAAAAUGUCAGAACUCUGCCACUAUCAAUGCAACAGCAAGUCUGACAUUUACUCUUGUACUAUGUGCCACUAUCAGCUUUGCAAGUUUCUGUACAGUUCAUACAUAAGUGUUUUAUAUUUGAUUGCAUGGUGUAGAACAUUUCAUAAUAAUGUAUGGCAAUCUCUCCAAGCGCAUGUUUCCUGUGGCCAAAAAUUUAAUGAUGCAGUAGAAAUAGACAGGCUUUUCAAUACAUCAUGUUUGUAUGCCUUUUGUGUCAAUAAAAGUGUUCCAAAGAUC